CGAGAUAACGCGCGUCGCCGUCGUCCGCGCCGUCAGCUGCGAGUGCCGUCGUCGUGCUGCUCUGCACUCUGCUUGGCGUCCGACGCUGCGCCGCACCACCUUGAGUCCCAGUCGUUGUUGUUGUUGUUGUUGUUAUUAUUGUUGUUUUUGCCGUCGGCGUUUCGCGACCGUGGAAAUGACGGCAUCACCACCGCCAGUGCAGCAGCAAGCCGUCACCGUCGCUACUGCAACUGCAGCUUUCCGACUGUCGUUGGUGAUGUUGCUGCUUGACGUCGGCACCGCGUCCGCGUCUAUAUGCAAAUCCGGACUGUGCACCCGCGAACAGUACUGCUGCGGCGACGGCAAGUGCUGUGACAACGUGUACAGCCUCUGGUACUUGUGUGGAGGUGUAGCUGUUAUGCUCUUCGUUGUCGGUUCAUUUUGUCCGGUCAUCAGGCAGUGCUGUUGUUUUCGGACUCCAGUGAUUGUCAAAUAUGUCCCGGUGCCCACGUCACCGACUAAAUUCAAAUAUUCUGAUCGUGAAAAGUGCACCAGAGUGGAUGUUACGCUGCCCAUGCCGCCUCAAGCUACUACGAUGGACGUGACGAAUUGCAUAUAAUUCUCAGCACUACUAAACACAGUACCUACACAUAUUGUAAUAUAAUAAUAAUAAUAAUAAUAAUAAUACUAUUGUUAUUCACCGAUAACCGCGGUGUGCAUGACGUGGUCAUGUGGAUAGACGUUUUUUUCCCCAUGACGACAACCACCAUCAACCAGAACAUAGCACUUUAGGGCGUUAUCGAGUGUAUUGGGAUUGAACAUUCACAAUAUAAUAUAAUUAUUAAUAAUAAUAUAUUACCCGCCUAUGUAAUAUGUAAAUAUAGCGUAGAAGUUAGAACUCGUCUACUCUCGGAGUCCUGAAUGAAAAAAGUGUCCGUCGAACAUUUUUCUUACUGUUCUAAAUAGUUUAACUGAUGGCCGACUCAAAUCAUUAUUAUAUUAAUUUAUAAAUAAAUACAUGGUUACGUAUAAACCCCAUUUUUGUACGACAGACACUAAAAGUACCUAAAUCAUUCAAUAUGUCCGUAUGUAGGUACAUAUAUUAUGAAUUGUGACACCGUCGUGUCUUACAAGCGGGCAUUUUCAUACGCUGCUGUGAACUUGUUUCCUCGUCUUUUAUAUUUAUGACUUAUGUAUUAUAUGAUCUUAGAACUUUGAAUAUACUGAGUAGGUAGUACGUUAAAAUGUCGAUGGUUGUCCUCUGCUGUCCUCGUAUGAUUCACGCGUGUCUUAAGUGUUAAAAAAACACUUCUGAUUAGGUACCUAUAUAUCUACAGGAUCUAACGAAUAAAUACAUUCCCUAGUCAAAAGUCUGUGUUAAUGAUUACAAUUUAAGGGCGGGCAUAAAAAAUUAGUUGCAGUAGGUAGGUAUAUAAUUGAAGGGUUGGGUGACUAAAGUUGUUAUAUGACAUUUUCCAUAGUAUUUUUUCAAACUUUUCACACCUUAGCCCAUGUUACGUGGCGACACGCAUCACGCAUUUACAUGUAAUGAUAUCGUCAUUAUCAACGCGUGUAUCUCUGAAAAUUAUGAUUCAAAUGACUUAACACUGUGACACGCACUGACAAUAGCCCCCGAUUGUCCAUACAACUAUAGAAACAACAAACCCUUCAAUUGUACGUUUUUUUUUCAAUUUAUAUAAAUAUACACUCGAGCUGCAUAUAGGUAGUAUGCGCAUAAAACACAAUAUUACAUAUUGUCACAUGUGUGUGUGUGAAGGUGAACAAAAUAUGGAUCGCAUCACUUUUAUAUAAUAACAUUAGGUUUAUCUCCGUCCAAUUGUAUAGCUACAUAAUAUAUCAUCAUGUAACAACACACACACACACAUACACAAAGUCAAAUCUUGUAAGUUUUAUUAUAUAUUAUAUAUAUAUAUAUACUAUAU